AUGGGGACUGCAACAAGACCAAGUAAUCAACACUGGACAACUGUACAGGGUAGAGACAAGGAACAACAUAUCGUAGAGAACUUGCACGCGCUCAAGGAAGGGACCGAGGAACCCGCAACAAGCACUCAAGAAGGGAUGGCAGCGUCUCCGGGAAGGUUAACUCCCAUGCACGAUUCAAGUGAUUACGCUGCCACAAGAAAUGUUAUUGGAACGCCCUCCACUGUAUCGACGGCACCGUCAACAGAUGACGCGUCCUUGAUGACAGAUUACAAGCUAGAUGAUACUGUGCUUCCGCACUUGCUUCAACCAGGACAUAGAAGGAACCACUCAGGUAGCUCUUUCGGAGAAGAAGGUUUGCUGCUGGGUGGACUUCCGAUGCCAAGAUCAACAGAUAUUAACAACCCAUGGCACCAAGCGUCGCAACAAGGACAACGAUCUUACGGAGGACCUAAUAGAAUUCCGCAGAAUCAACAAAGAGUUGCAAGCUUUCGAAAUCAACUUCCAAAUGCUGCUCCUAGUGGAUGGAAUCAACCUGUGCAUCAGCAACCAUUCAAGUCUGACGGGCAAUAUGAACAACAGAAUCGAAGAAGGCCUUUAGAAAUUGAAGUGCGACAACCGCAGCAAUAUGGACAGCAAGGUUAUGUUCCGUACCAUCAGCAGCAACAACCACAAGGAAGACGAGGUCUCAGCCCAACUAGACAAGCUGGCUCCCAUAGUCAGCGUGCCAUGACUCCUCCAAGAAAUUUUAGGGGACCUCGACAGCAAGGUCAAUCAUCAACAGGCCCCAAGAGUACACCGACAAGCCCACAUCAACAAACAUCAAAUCCUCAAAGGUCAAAUGCUGAAGUUCUGAAAACACUUCUCAGGAAAAAGGCUUGUUUGUUUGAACCAGACACAUCUCGAGCGGUAGCUUUGAUUACGUGGCUCGUUGGUAGAGAACUAGCAAUGGGAUUCGGUUUCUUUUCGCGCCAACAGCUGCAGUCAGGAGUCCAUGCCUGUGUUGCAAGCAAAAUAGAAGGCGGAAUAAUCACCCGGACCAGAGUGAAUCGGUGCAUGCAGAUCAUUCUCAACUCGUGUUUUCAUUAUAUAAUUCCAAGAGCUGAUGGAACGGAAGAGAAGGGUGACUAUUUCCGCAACGGAUUUGCAUCCAGUGUGAAAGAUGACUCUUUUAUGCUCAGGUAUCUGUCGCGAUUGUGGAACGAUGUUACUGUUGACCGAGAUACUGUCAUCCAUGCAGCACUGCACGAUGUCGAUGAAAAGCAACACACGGCUGGCGAAUACACGCCAAAGUCCUCCCCGAAGCUCUCAAGCACUGAAGCCCCCAAGAGUCCACCGCACUUGGGUGAUCAUCAUGAUCACGAAUCCAAGAGGGCAGUCUUGCUUUGUUUCAAUGAGAAUGUGCGAUCAGCCGAAGAUGUAUUUAGAUGCCACAAUGAAUUCAUUCGAGACACUGCAAAUGCCGCUCAUUUGCAGUUAACAGCAUCAGAAUGGAGAUCAUUCUUUGGUCGAGAAGCUGGCAAUGGAAACUACCUCUUGGGCAAGAUUGGCAUUCCAAUGACUCCUCAAGAUUCAGCUUCUGGUCAAGAUGUGUUUGGAAGGAUGUCUCCCGAAGAAGCAGGAAAAUUCCGAACAAGUUGGUGCUGCAAGCGAUAUGACCAUGACCACUCACUUUGUGGAUUUGCUCAUGUCGAUGUCAACGGAGGGUGGCUUCGCCGCAAUCCAUAUCAAUUUCCGUACCAGAACGAGAUGUGUCAACAUGUUAGCAAGAUCGCUGAUCCAAAGCUGGGUGCUUUAUAUUUGAACAAGUGUCCACAUGGGUUGCAGUGUGACAAGGCUCAUUCGAAUGAAGAAAUGAUGUACCAUCCCAACAUUUACAAGUCCAAGGUUUGCCCCUCAAGCAGCAACCACUCGUGUCCGAUGGGAGAUGUUUGUGCCAAUUUUCAUCCUCAAGAAUCGACUCGUCCUUCCAAAAAAGUGACGGAGAAGCAUUCCACACCUCGGCAUGGCAAAAAAGGAGAACAGCCUGCCAACACCAAGACAGCGCAUUUGGCUCCGAACUCUGCUCCAAUCGUGUAUGCGAGCCCAGCCCCUUUCUCAAGCUUUGAACAACAACUCUUGAUGCCAGGGCUUCAGAAUCUUUAUCGCCGCAACUCUUCAGUGAUUCGAGCUCACUUGCGAUCGAAGGACAAACCUUCUUGCUCGUACAGUUGCUUUGGCGAUGAUGCUGGGAUUAGCACAGAAGCGAAGGAGAAUUCACGAUCUCAUAUUGGGUUGCCCUCAGUGCGGAGGGCAUAG